AUGGAGCGGCUGACGUUACCUCCGGGUGGCGCGGCGGCAGUGGACGACUACUUGGAGUACCGGAGAAUUGUUGGUGAGGAUGAUGGAGGGAAACUUUUUACUCCUGAGGAAUAUGAAGAAUACAAAAGAAAAGUCUUACCUAUGCGUUUACAGAACAGAUUAUAUGUGAGUUGGCGAUCACCCACAGGAAUGGAUUGUAAACUUGUGGGUCCAGAGACACUGUGUUUUUGUACACAUAGGUACAAGCAACAUAAAACUGACUUUGAAACGAUUCCUCCGCAGCGCCCCAUCAGUCUGCCUUGCCAAGUGAGGGGCUGCCCUUGCAGGACUUACCUCUAUGUGCCUCUGAACGGCACACAGCCCAUUCGCUGCCGAUGUAAGCACUUUGCCGAUCAACACAGUGCAGCGCCUGGCUUUGUAUGCAAUACCUGUUCUAAGUGUUCGGGAUUUCAUAGUUGCUUCACUUGUGCUUGUGGUCAGCCUGCAUAUGCUCAUGACACAGUAGUGGAAACUAAGCAAGAAAGACUGGCGCAGGGAAAACCGGUGGGGCAGGAUGUUCCUUACGCAGCAAUGGGAGGACUGACUGGCUUCAGCUCGCUGGCAGAAGGCUACAUGCGAUUAGAUGACAGUGGAAUUGGUGCACCGUCAGCUGAAUUUUUAGACUCUCCAGGUACGGCCAUGGACCACCCAUUUCUAAAGGCAUUUCAAGCAUCAUCUAGCUCUUCUCCAGAAACACUAACAGGUGUAGGUACAAGUAGUCAAGUUUCUUCCUUAAGGAAACCGGAAGAGGAUGAUAUGGCUUUCUUUGAAAGACGAUACCAGGAGAGGAUAAAAAUGGAAAAGGCUGCUAAGCAGAAAGGAAAAGCACCACUGCCAUCAAAUAUGAAACCUUCAUGA